AAAAAUGAAUCUCUUUUGUCGGCUAAUAAACAAUGUUUCUUGAAUAUAUUUGUUUUGGUGUAAAAAGUUAAUUUACAUGCUUAAUCAACUGAAUCAAUUUAUAUGCUUGAAUGAAAGAAAACAAGUGAAAGUAUUCAAUUACAUGUCGCGGUUGAAGGCUUCUCACUUAGAUAAUUUUAAUGCAUUCCAUUUUGUAGCAGAAUAUUUCCGAUGAUAAUAACUAAUGUACGGUUAUAUAACAAUAGAAGUAGCUCUGUUUAAAAGUAAACGUGGAUAAAUACUAUGUCAGUGGAAAUAGAUAACAAAGUCGUCGUGUCUCUUUCUCUUGGACCCCAAGCUUUUCCUGCUUCUGUAAGUUUCUCCCUAUUAGUUUAGUAGGCUUACAGCUUCUAGAUUAGUGCAUAUUAAAAAUGUUUAAUUUUCUUUUUGAAUAACGAUGUUCUAGAGUGGUAGUUCAAGAAUAGCAUUGUUUAAAAAUCGUUGGGUCUUAUCCAGUGAAGCUAAACGUAUUGAUUAACUGUUUAAUAAUUGAUUAUGCUAAAGAAAUAUUAAGAAAAUAGAAAACAGUAUAUCAUAGAAGGAAAUGAGAGCAUCGCGAAACAAAGGACGGUGUCCAGACAACCAAAAAUUCAAACCUUCGAAUAUGAAACAACAUCAUGUUCUCUAAGACAGCCCCAACUUUACUUAAUUUAUUUUAACAUUGCCAAAUUUAUUAAUCUCUAUUAUCGUAUCAUGUUCACCACAUGUCUACUAAUAUAGACAUCAUACCCAUAUCGUAUUUCUAAAAAAAAGAAGGAUUUCUCCCUUUAAUCAAUACUAAAUUCGACAUUUUAUAUGACAGUAAAUACAAUCUUAAAAGAAAAAGUUUACUUUGAUCAGUAUGUAUCUAAUUUCCAAUAAUUGCUAUCCAAAAUCACCAUUUAGAGGUUGGAAAAGAAUUUGCAUAUACUAUAAACGUAUAUUUGUCUACUCACUAAAAUAUAAACUCAUGGUUGAUAAAAAAAACAUUACCAACUCAUGUUAAGUAAUUAACAUGGUCAAUGGGCGGCAAAAAAAAAAUUUGUUUUCUUUUUUCAAAUAAAAAAAAGUUUAUUUUAUUGUCAACAUGGUAUACUAAAAAUCAAAAUAUGAACAAAUUGCACUUGCAUAUAGGUGGACGGGUAUAUAAAUGUAAGAAUUGUGUCUCUCAUCACAACACGUAUUUUGAUAACCUUCACUUCCCAUAGUUCUCUCCAACUCUCGCUCUUCCUUAUAGACCAUUAUUGGUUGAUUGUCAUGGAUCCACCAUUCAACGAUAUGUACAAUACCCUCUUCUAUAAACAGAUCACAAACACAGAAAGCAAUGUCCCCGAAGUGCCCUUUAGCUUCUCUGUCACGGCAGUCGUCGAAGAGGUGGAGCUUCCAGUUAUUGACGUCAGUCUUCUGAUGGAUGGAGCCAAGAAGGAGAGGGAGAAGUGUAAGGAAGAGAUUGCUAGAGCUUCGAGGGAAUGGGGAUUUUUCCAAGUGAUAAACCAUGGAAUAUCAAUGGAUGUGUUGGAGAAGAUGAGACAAGAACAAAUUAGGGUUUUUAGAGAACCCUUCGUCAAGAAAAGCACGUCUGAUACGUUCUCCGCCGGGAGUUACCGGUGGGGAACGCCGUCAGCCACUUGUCUCCGGCAACUUUCUUGGUCGGAAGCAUUUCAUGUUCCCAUGACAGAUAUUUCUGACAACAAGGACUUCACUUCCCUCAGCUCAGCAAUGGAAAGAUUUGCUUCGGAAUCGGAGGCUCUAGCACAUACGUUGGCAGAGGUUCUUGCAGAAAAGUUAGAACGAAAAUCAAAUUUCUUCAAAGAAAACUGCGUGAGAAACACAUGUUAUGUGAGGAUGAACCGUUAUCCACCAUGUCCGAAACCAUCUGAGGUGUACGGUUUAAUGCCACACACGGACAGUGAUUUCCUCACAAUCUUGUACCAAGACCAAGUCGGUGGACUUCAACUCAUCAAAGACAAUAGAUGGGUCGCCGUUAAACCCAACCCUCGUGCUCUCAUUAUUAACAUUGGCGACUUAUUUCAGGCAUGGAGCAAUGGCAUGUACAAAAGUGUGGAACAUCGUGUGAUGACGAAUCCAACGGUGGAAAGAUUCUCAACGGCGUAUUUUCUAUGUCCAUCAUACGACGCUGUUAUAGAAUGUUCCGGUGAUUGUCCUUCUUAUAGAAAUUUCAGCUUCAGAGAAUUCAGACAACAAGUUCAAGAUGAUGUUAAGAAGCUUGGUUAUAAAGUGGGCCUCCCUAGGUUCAGUAAUCAUCUAUACUAAUUUAUAUACCAGUUUUUAAUUUGUUUUUAGGUUUUAUAAUUUAUUUAAUUCUAUUGUUUUUAUUUGUUCCAUAUAUAUUUUCCGCUGAUUUUUUCUGAUAAAUAUUGUAUUCUAAAUACUUUCUCUGUUUUAUUAAAUGUGGCUUAAGGUUUUACAUCCGAAUUAAGAAAAGAAUUAAAUUUUGUAAUUUAUCCCUAUCUAAUACAUUAUUUUGUUUGAUU